AUGAAGUAUAUCGCCACCCUCUCAUGUGUUCUCCUGGCUACCAUCGUCAGCGCUGUCCCUGCACCAGCCAACAGCCCAGAAGCCUCAACCAGUGGCGACAUCGCGCAACCCAUAUCAGUCUUCUACGACGAAAGAUAUGAUGUCGGCACAACUUCUCUAAGCACUGUCGCCUGUUCAGAUGGAAUCAAUGGUCUCGAGAGCAGCUAUGCGACUUUUAGCUCGCUACCCAAGUUUCCUAUGAUCGGCGGUGCACCCACCAUUGCUGGCUGGGACAGUCCAGCCUGCGGCAAAUGCUACCAGCUGCAUUUCCAGACCGACAAGAUUGAUGAGACUAUCAAUGUCCUUGCUAUUGAUACGGCCUCGGGCGGAUUCAACAUCGGGCUUAAGGCAAUGAACAGUCUGACCAAUGACCAGGCUGUGAAUCUUGGUCGGGUGGAUGCCACCUAUGUGGAAGUGGACAAGAGCUUGUGUGGACUCUAA